AACCUCAUUGCGAACAUGGCUCAAGUCAUGGCUCAGCGCCAGGCGCUAGUCACCAAGCCCAAGUCGACUCAGAAACAGAGUACUGAAACGGUUCAAGUCAUGCUUUAUACCUCGGUCAUCGCAUGCAGAGGAAUCUUCCCUCCUCUGGCAUUUGACGAAGUCGAGUUCGCCGAUGACGAUGAGCUCUACACCUUCGAAGGCUUGAUGAACGACAAACACCCUUCUCGAGCGCAGCCACCUUCGCCGUCUGGCACUUCGACUAGAUCAGCGGAGAUUAGAUCAACGAAAGGUGCCUUGCUUAAGAGAGGUCGAAGCAUCCGUGCAGACCAGUUCCUCGAUUCUCUUGUAGGCUGUGUGACUCGAAUUGCUGCUUUGUUUGACGCUGACGGAAUCCCCCUCAUCAGNAAUACAGCAUUUGAAGCAUUGCACCGAGGGACUUUGCAUGCGUUACGCAUCCCGUUCAUGGGCGACCCUGAUGUCAACUCAGAUUCUCUCGAACUAUGGUCGUUCCGUGUCAUCUACAAGCAAUCUGCAGAUGGUGAACGUGAAGUUCAGGGCCUCGAAGCCGACCUCGGUGGCGAAGAAACCUUUGAGUCAAGCCUUUGCGUUAUCAACUUGCUGGACAGAGUGUUUGAUCAAUGCAAAAACUCCCACAACUACCUGGUGAGAUUCAUUCUGACCUCACAUUUAUCCAAUGGCUCGCUAAUCCAACUUNNUCAAGAUGACCGCUAUAUUCAACCCAGUAUCUUGUAUACGAACGAUGGUUGGGAGCCAAGAGGCUUCGUGGAAACUCAAUCUCGGCCAUCCGUUCAAGGCUUUGCAGGCUGGAAACCCUAUGAGGAAGACGUAGGCGUCAUCGGUGGACUUUAUCACGAGCCUAGUGAGAAUCGACGGCUUUCUGCCAGGACGUCAACACUUUCGGGGGGCAAUUCUCCUAUCCGAACAAAGACUGUCUCACUCACUUUGCGUAGAGGAACCUCUGCCGCUUCAGCCAUACCGCAAAUUCCACAGCGUCCGAGUCAACCUGACAAAGGCAGAGUGUCCUCUGGAGGCCCUCCCGCUCUUAUGGAAGCCACGAGCAACCUCUUUCUUGAUGCAGCUGUAUCCUCGAAAACGGACACAUCGCAGAGUCGGGCUACAAGACCUAUCACCACAGAGCAACGACUACAAUCUGAUGUCUCCAGUGCAUCACAAUACGAUGACGAUAUACAACAAAGAAGCGCACUGGAAAACAUGGUAAGUUUAUGGUCGUUCAGAGUUUGUUACCAAACUUAUAAAUUGUUCAGNUUAUUGUCUAGCUCGAACCGCGAAGACGACUUUGCAACUCAAGUUCGGACAAAUGCGAGUCAGAUAUUAAACGACGAGAGUACUCGUAGUCCGGAGUUGGCUGAGCACAUGAAAACAUAUGACUUUCUCUCAAGCGAAACAGCACAUCGUCUUUGGAUUCUGAAAUGUGAACUCCAGAGGAGCCCUGGAAUUGCGCUUACGAACGAAUCUGUCGUGAGCUGCCGAUGCCAACUUCAUGACUCCAUGGAAGAAAUGCAUGCUAUCUGCCAAGGCUAUCUAGGUGAUAACCGCCAACCACCACGACAUAUCUGUCACCUUUGUUUGUUUGCUCGUAAGGUCGAGAAAGCCACUCUUUUAAGGCUGUAUGAGCUAGCUUUGGAGCGAAGAGUGAUGGACCUGCUCCUCUCUGGAGGAGUCGACAAUGCAGUGGAGUUGAGUAGGAAGCUCGGUAUGCACAAAAGACCUCUCCCUUAUAGAGCGCUAAUAAGGAUCCCUCCAACAGAUGUGCAAUUCGACAAGGUUGCAGAACUGGUCACUUCUCUGGUUUCACAAAAGUUCGUUGUGGAGCAGAGCGGACGUUCCACAAGAAAUUCACAAGGCAAGAUAACAUUUCCGAAGUCGGUCGGCACAUCAGAGUAUAUCGAUUCUCUUGCGAAGCUCUUUGAUCCAUACCAAGUUGUGGGACAUCACUUUUCCGCUGCAGUGUCAGACGACUCGGCUGCAGAUGUAGCACAGACACUGCGAGCAAGAUAUACAGUUCUCGCUCAACUCCCGAGCAGUCUGUCGCCAGAACAUAAGAGAGCUAUGACUGCAAACGCGAGCAAGAAAAGAUCCGAAAGUGUCACAGCCACUACAAAGAAAAGAUCGAGGACCAGUCAGCCAGAGGCAGUCGUGAUGAGCGAGCAAGCAACUCCAAUUCGCCAGACAUCUAGAAUGAGGACUCCCACACCGAAUAUGAAGGAGGCUAGAUUUGGCUUCUUCAUCAACGGACAGGACCUUCCAUCCAGAGAGCAUCCAGAGAUCAAGUCGAAGCGAUUCAAGGGCGACUCGUAA